AUGUCGCUUGGCGCCUCCGCUUCCUCGGUGUCUGCGGCCAAAGCGGCCUUGCGCAAGCAGGUGCGCGCUAGCCUGAAGAUCCUGGAUGACGCUGAAUUGAAUCGCCAAAGUGAGGCCGUUUGCGAACGACUGGUGCGCAGCAGCCUCUUCACGGCGAGUCAGAGGAUUGGCAUCUUUCUCGCGAUGCCCAUGGGAGAGCUCCGGACAGGGCCCAUAUUGCAGCAAGCCUACUCCAGCGGAAAGCAGGUGUUCUGCCCGCGGGUGAUGGGCGAUGGCUGGAUGGAGUUCUUUGAGGUAAAGACUUCGGAGGAAGCUGCGGCUCUGCCGCUGUCGAAGUGGAAGAUCCCCGAGCCUCCGGAGCAUUUUCCCAAAGUGGAGCCAUGGGAUUUGGAUCUUCUGCUGGUACCGGCCGUCGCUUUGGACCUGAGUCGAAGGCGCUGUGGUCAGGGCAUGGGCUUCUAUGAUCGCUAUGUGCAGCGUGCUAAACAGCGACCGGACGGAAGCCGGCCUUUGAGAACGAUUGGGCUUGGACUUCUGCAACAAAGACAGGAUGAAGUGCCCUGUGAGUCGCAUGACGAGCUGCUUGACGCAGUCGUCUUUCCCGAUUGUGACAUUUUCGCGACAGACUGCGAGCCAGCAGAUCCAGGGAGACCAUAG